CAUUUUCUUUUAGCAGAUCAAAAGAGAAGGAAGAAAAUGGCGAUAGAGAGCUACGUGGUUGUCCACAACAUAGCGAAGAGGCACAACGUCGGAACGCUAGCAAGAAGCGCAACCGCCUUCGGAGUCAGCGAACUAAUCCUAGUUGGCCGCCGUGACUUCAACGCCUUUGGCAGCCACGGCUCCACCUCCCACCUCCGUUUCCGCCACUUCCAUUCCCUCACCGACGCCCGCCUUUUCCUCAAAAAAGAUUGUGAUAUUUGUGGGAUUGAGAUCACAGAAAAUGCCGUUUCAGUGACUGAUCAUCCUUUCAAGAAAAGCACUGCUUUUCUUCUUGGUAAUGAGGGAACAGGGCUUUCUGCUAAGGAAUGUGAGAUAUGUGAUUUCUUUGUUUACAUUCCUCAGUAUGGAGGUGGCACUGCCUCUUUGAAUGUCACUGUUGCUGCUUCUAUUGUUUUGCAUCAUUUUGGAGUUUGGGCUGGUUUUCCUGAGAGAAUUCGUGAUGGAAACAAGUUUGUUGUGGCUGAGAGACCUUUAAAACAGGUGAGCCGAAAAUACUGCACGGAAACAGAUGAUUGUAUAAUUGAGGAGAGAAGGUCAAGAAGGGAAAGUGCUUCCAAUGGAUUCUUCGACGACAGAAACAAUGGUGUAGCUUCCGCUAACUUAUUGGAUUCACUGUUUCCUGAUGAGUGAUUGAGAGAAUAAGAGAUUGAAUUUUUCUGUGGAUGAUACAAAUUUUGCCACUGAAUGUUGAUAUUAAUAUGGUUCAAUGAUCCACCUUAUUGACAACUGUUGAAACAUGUGGCAAACAGCUUCUACCUAACCAUGGACUGAAGAAAACCCGAUUAUUAUAGGAAACUGCCGUCUGGGAAUCCAUUGAUGGAAAGCUUGCGAGGGACUGCUUUCAGAACCAGUGUGCCGCAAGCAAAUGACUGAGGACAAUAAUUGAAUUUUGUCUGAUUAGCAUCUUCUGUAAUUGUAAUGUUCAUGUCAAGGAUCACGUUAUUGUUUUGUAUUUUAUAAUAAUUACCUUUCUCUCUCUCCUUAUGGGGUGUUGUGUUUGACAUAAAAUGUCAACAAGCUUCCCCAAAGGAUGCAACAAGCUUCCACUAAAACCUAUGGGGAAUGUUCAUUUUCAGUGGACAUAAUACAAUUUAAACCAGGCAUGACCAUGUGUAACACAUGCAACUUGAUGGACUCAUUGUACGGGCCUUUGUUCUGAUAUUGACAACUGUUAUUUGCUUUUAAGCAUCCAUUCCUUGUCAUAGGUCAAAGUUAGAUGAAUCCAGAGGGUCGUCUACUCUAAUGCUUGCUCUUUCUUAGAUCCAGAAUCUUAAUAGUCUUGGUAAACCUCAUUAGUUUUUUGGUCAAAUCUUUGAGUAAAAAUUUAGAUUACAGCUGUAGC